GGCAGAAAAAAAGCAAGGUGAUUGGGGUGGAGUCGACACGACCUACUCUGCAGUCACAGACUCCAGUGGACUAGCUACUCACAAGUUUAGCAUUUUGCGCAUUGGUUUGGACAAUUGAAGGAAUCCCUGAAAAAAUAUAGUUUUAAACGUCUCUAUCUAUUAUUUUGGAUACAUCAACGCCUUGCUACUUGUAACAACACAGCCGCAGCAUGGGGGCACCACCAACAGCUUAUGACGAGAAGAAGGAAACAUGUGGGACCGUCUGUCUGAAGUACCUCCUAUUCACAUUCAACUUCCUUUUCUGGCUGGCAGGGGGCGUGGUGAUGGCGGUGGGCAUCUGGACGCUGGUGGAGAAGAGCGACUACAUCAGCCUGCUCUCCUCCGUGACCUACGCCGCCUCCGCCUACAUCCUUAUCCUAGCCGGGGCCAUCGUCAUGGUGACUGGAGUGCUGGGCUGCUGCGCCACCUUCAAGGAGCAGAGGAGGCUGCUGAGAGUGUACUUUGUCCUGCUGCUGUGUAUCUUCCUCCUGGAGAUCCUCGCCGGUGUCCUGGCCUACAUCUAUUACCAGCAGCUCAAUGAGGAGCUGAAACAGAACCUGCGGGAGACCAUAGUGCAGAAGUACAGGCAGCCAGAGCAGGAGCACAUCACCAAAGCAGUGGACAAGCUGCAGCAGGAGUUUAAGUGCUGUGGCAGCAACAGCUCGUCGGACUGGAGCGAGAGCGUGUGGAUCCGCACCAAUGAGGCGGAUGGCAGGUUGGUGCCGGACAGCUGCUGUAAGACCCAGACGCUGGGCUGCGGCCACAGGGACCACCCGUCAAACAUCUACAAAGUGGAGGGGGGUUGUAUCACUAAACUGGAAAACUUCAUUUUGGACCACCUGAAGAUCAUUGGAGCGGUGGGCGUGGGCAUCGCCUGUGUACAGAUUGUGGGGAUGGUGUUUACUUGCUGUCUAUAUCGGAGUUUGAAGGCAGAGCCUUACUGAGAGUAGAACACGAAGAGAAGGAAAAGGGAGGGGUCUAGUCUCUGCCACCCAGUGUCAUCAUAUUCCAGCGAUCCGUUUAGUCAUGGGGUCUACCACUGUGCCAUGCAAACAGAAGAUGACGAUAUGUGUAAUGGUCAAGGAUGCACUUAUAAUAGUGUCUCUCAAUCCAUUCCUUGGGGGGACCAUUUUGGUUCUAGCCUCGCACUAACUCCCCUGAUUCAAAAAAUCAAGGGCUCCUCCCCAUAAAAUGGAGAAUCAGAUUUAUGCAAGCCGUUACAUGCUAUCGGAUCCACAAUGCUCUAUAUUUUGGAAGUGUGCAACAAACAGAGCAGUUGGUGUAACCUAGUGUGAUGUAAAGAUCAGUGGACCAAAAUGGCCCGUGCAUGAGAACAGCUUGCCUUAACAUUGCAAUAUUCAUGACUGUGGCUUAAUGAGCGAGAACUGACCUCUGGGGCCGAUUACCAUAGCAACACGUUAUUUUUCAUCAAGUAGCUAUUUAUACAUCUACACACGCCUUUCACACUGUUCCUCUCAACUUUUUAAUUUGAAUUUGAUUUGAAUUUUUAAAAAAAAUGUUUUAACACAAGGGAUUUCUACACUUAUGCCAAAGUUGUCAUCAACACUGACUUUGUGUAACAUCAUAUCAAACUGACUACUCCUGCAUGCCUUUUUCAUGUAUACUGAACAAAUAUAUAAAUGCAACUAUUUCAAAGAUUUUACUGUGUUACAGUUCAUAGAAGGAAAUCAGUCAAUUGAAGUAAAUUCAACAGGCCCUAAUCUAUGGAUUUCACUUGACUGGGCAGGGGUGCAGCCAAGGGUGGGCCUGCACCCCUUCCUGCACCACUGGAGCCAGGUCCAGCCAAUAAGAAUGUGUUUUUCCGCACAAAAGGGCUUUAUGACAGACAGAAAUACUCCACCCCUCCCCCUCAGACGAUCCCGCAGGUGAAGAAGCCAGAUGUGGAGGUCCUUUGCUGGCGUGGUCUGCGGUUGUGAGGCCGGUUGGACGUACUGCCAAAUUCUCUAAAGCGAUGUCUUAUGGUAGAGAAAUGAACAUGUAAUUAUCUGGCGACAGCUCUGGUGGACAUUCCUGCAGUCAGCAUGACAAUUGCAUUCUCCCUCA